AUGUCACAAUAUCGUUUCCAGCAUUGCAACCUUCAUCCAAACUCCGAUGUGUCGGAUACUUCGGACGACGAAGUUGUUGUGCAACAACUCGAAGAGGACAUCGAAAUGUGGCUUGGAUAUUGUCGCAUUUUCGAAACAGUGGUGAAUGAUCAUCUUACCGUUGAAAGCUUUUUGCAAUCUCUGGGCCUGGAAAAAUAUGCAAUUUACUUUAAGGCUGAGGAAGUGGAUAUGUAUUCUUUGAAGCAGAUGGGUGGCAGUGAUCUGAAAGCAUUGGGAAUACCUAUGGUAAUUGGCUUUGUGAACUAA